UGUUACACCUUGUCCAAGAAUUUGGACAUGUGCUUGAGACACAGCCUGCCUGUCAAAUCAGAGUGUUAAAUGGUUUUCUGGUUGCUUAUGCAUGCUUUGAGGCUUGUGGCGCUGGGAUUUGGAUGGAAGUUUGGAAGCCAAUUGUUUUUUUUCACAAAGCUGGAAACUGUAAAUGCGGGCUGGGCAAGUUACUAUCUUGCUCAUGUAUGGUUGUAUACUAUUAUUAAAUAUGUAUGUAUAUGUACAAUUCUAGUGGGUUAAGGGUUGUCCACUUAUGAACUAAUAACUGAUACGUGUGGAUAUUGAAUACUUUGUGAAUGUUCCCUGUUGUUAGCAACAAAACAUCCUUAUGAAGGUGCAUCAUCAAUAAUUCAAGUCAUGGCAUGGUGGUAAUGUGCUUUGCGCAGGGUGCCUUGCAAUAUCCUUUCCCUUAGCAUUAGAAUACUGUCUAAAUGUCUUCUCAGGUGCCUUGUCCUGCCUGAUAACUUGGUAUGUCCUCUUUCAUUGAUAAGUUUGUAUCAUUCCCCAAAAAGUAUGUAAGGUUUGGGCGGUCUCUAGAAAUUUGUAAAACUCUUCUGUUCCUCUUUUCUUAUAUUAUAUUGCAAAGUUACUUGAAUAUCAAAGAACAUAUAUUUUAAUCUUAUCUUAGUUCACAUAAUUGAAAUCUGGCCAAAAUAACCUUCAGAAACCAUUUGCCGCCAUUCAUACUUGAUAUUGAGCAAAGGAUGUUGAGAUCUAGGAUUGUAGAGAAGAAUAGAAAACCGAAGUGAUUGGAAUUUGAUGUGACCUCUGGAGGUACAGCUGUAAAUGUCUACAGAUGACCAUAUUGUGUUAUCCUUCUCUCUCUAUCCUCUGCUCUUCCCCUUCAUGUCUUGGCAAGCUUCUUGGAGGAUUGACGUCGAGAAUCCGUGUGUUAUAAUGAGUCAAGACAAAAGCAGGGAGUUUUUGCAUUCUGGAAAUAACAAAGAUAAAUUCAAGUUCUUUUACAAGGCAACGCUUCUACAGCAAGUCAAUGAUCUUCUACAACGUAUACAUGAGAGCUUGAGUUCUGCAAGUGCACUUGUUGAUGAAAUGGAGACUUCGAUAAGACCCAUACAGAAGGAACUUGGUGAGCUCCAGGGGAAAAUAAAAAACAUGGAGCAUGUCGAAGAAAUAAGACAGCAGGCACAGCAGUUGAAGAAAAAACUUGCUUGGUCAUGGGUGUAUGACAUAGAUAAGCAGCUGCAGGAACAUUCUUUAAAGACCACAAGCUUUAAAGAUCGUAUACCCACCUGCCAAGAAAAAAUUGACAAGGAAUUAGAAAAAGUGGAGACAUUAAAGGACCGCUUCACUAAAAAGAAAGCACAAAUUGAAGUCAUGAUGCAAAAGACAUCGGAAGUGAGGAGAAAGAAAGAUGAGUUGCAGCAGACUAUUUCCUUGGCAAAAAAAGAGCAACUUCAGCUGGAAGAAGAGCAUGGCCGGAAAAAUAAAACAAUCCAGAACAUGGUGAGGCGUUUAAGGUUGCUUGAACGUCAAGUCCAGGAUCUUCAAGAACAACAUGUUAAAAAUACACAGGCUGAAGAAAUCGAGAUAGAGGAAACGCUGAAGGCACUCCAACGCGAAGUUGAUACUAUAAAUUCAACACUUUUAAGGUUCAAGGAAGAAGAGAGUGCCUUGUCUGAAAGACUAUCAGUUGGAAUGAUCGAAAUAAAAAAGAUUGAAGAAGAGAUGCAAGAGUAUGAGAAAAAGCAUCGUGAGCUUAAAUUUAGUAUCACUGAGCUUCGGCAACAUCGGACUAACAAGGUUACAGCCUUUGGGGGAGACAGAGUAAUUUCUCUCUUGCGCAGCAUUGAGAGACAUCAACACAAGUUCAAAAGGCCACCAAUAGGUCCAAUUGGUGUCCACUUGACUUUGGUAAAUGGUGAUACAUGGGCUCGUGCAGUUGAAGCUGCAAUAGGAAAUCUGCUCAAUGCUUUCAUUGUUACCAAUCAUACCGAUUCUCUCAUUCUGAGAAAAUGUGCCAGGGAAGCCAAUUACAAUUAUCUUCAGAUUAUUAUACAUGACUUCUCAAGAGCAAGGUUGAAUAUACCACCUAACAUGCUUCCUCAAACCCAGCACCCUACUACACUCUCUGUUAUAGAUUCUGACAAUGAUACUGUAAUGAAUGUUUUGGUGGAUAUGGGACAUGCUGAGAGGCAAGUGCUUGUUAGAGAUUAUGAUGUUGGAAAAGCGGUUACUUUUGACCAAAGGGUCUUUAAUCUGAAGGAGGUGUACACUUUAGAUGGUUACAAAAUGUUUUUCCGAGGUUCAGUCCAGACAAUUCUUCCUCCAAAUAGGAAGCAAAGAAAUGCUCGUCUUUGUGGCUCUUUUGAUGACCAAAUUAAGGAUCUUGAAAGGGAUGCAUUUGGUGUGGAAGAAGAAGCUAAACAGUGCAGGAAGAGGAGAAAGGACGCAGAGGAAAAGCUUCAGGGUCUUAAAGAUACUCUCCAUACUGUCAAGAGGAGGCGCAUGGAUGCAGAACACAGCUUGUCUACUAAGAACAUGGCACUACGGGAUGUGAAGAAUGUAUAUGCUGUCCAAACUAGUGCUUCACAAGCAUCAACUGUUGAUGAGCUUCAUGAAGAAAUUUCAAAAGUCCAAGAGGAGAUACAGAAAAUGAGACUGUUAUUGGACAAUGUCCAAGAGAGGAUGAAUGAAGCUAUAGCAAAAAAUAAAGAUCUUAGAUCUUCAUUUGAGCAUUUAUGUGAGUUAGCAAAAGAUGAAAUUGGUGCCUUUGAGGGAGCAGAGCAGGAUCUAAUGAAGAUUGAGAAAGAUCUACAAUCCGCAGAAGCGGAGAAAGCUCAUUAUGAAAAUGUAAUGAGAAACAAGGUCCUACCUGAUAUCAAACGAGCAGAAGAACAAUAUCAGAAACUUCAGGACGAUCGUGAGGAGAGUAGCAGGAAGGCCUCUAUUAUUGUUCCUGAAAGUGAAAUUGAAGCUCUGGGAGAUUGGGACGGGAGCACCCCUGAGAAACUCAGUGCACAGUUAGACAGACUGAAUCAGAGACUUAAGCAUGAGAGCCAACGAUACUCUGAAUCCAUAGAUGACCUCAGGAUGAUGUAUGAGAAAAAAAAGCGGAAGAUUUCAAGAAAACAGAAAACCUACGAUGCAUUUCGAGAGAAGUUGAAUGCUUGCCAGAAAUCCCUACAUUCACGGUGGACAAAGUUUGAAAGGAACGCAACCCUUUUAAAGCGCCAACUGACUUGGCAAUUUAAUGGGCAUUUGAGAAAAAAAGGGAUUAGCGGGCACAUUAAAGUUAGUUACGAAGAACAGAUGCUGUCAGUGGAGAUAAAGAUGCCCCAAGACGCUUCAAGCAGCAGUGUUCGUGAUACUAAAGGGCUUUCAGGUGGUGAGCGUUCCUUUUCGACAUUAUGUUUUGCACUCGCACUUCAUGGAAUGACGGAAGCCCCAUUUCGGGCCAUGGAUGAAUUUGAUGUAUUCAUGGAUGCGGUUAGUAGGAAAAUCAGCCUAGAUACCCUUGUGGAUUUUGCAUUGGCGCAAGGUUCCCAAUGGAUAUUUAUCACCCCACAUGAUAUCAGCAUGGUCAAACAAGGGGAAAGGAUAAAGAAGCAGCAGAUGGCAGCUCCGCGUUCUUGAUUUUCCUGCUCUGCAACAUUGCCGAUUAACAAAUGAAGUUAUGCAUUGGCCUUACUUUGUUUAGAGGUUUAGAUGGGUUAAAACAUCCUUUGUUCUUUUGUAGUCUGUAAGUCUCUUCUACAUGACAAAUAGUUACACAUUUAUGCGGUUGAUGAUUUAUAGUAGAUUUGUAUCUAAUGAAUUGAAGUUGUCCAUGUUCCCGCAUUAUGCUGGGAAGAAGUGUAUAUAUGGGUUGUAGCCACAAAGUUCCUUUAUACCUGAGUUUAUAUGUAGUUGUGAUUAUCUGA